AAGUCAAGGCUUUGUCCUUUCUGCUUUCGUUUCUCUAUCUUGAUCUAAAUUUUUAUCUGCUGCAAAAAUAGAACAUUUAUUUAUGCAAACAUGAACCAUCAUUCAAAGCCCUGGUACAAAUCGUGCAUAUUUUCCUCUUCCUCUUUUUAUCGAAUUUCUGGAACGCUAAAGUUGGUUACUUGGUAUGAUCGACCGUUCCGAUUCUUGGUGGUUUGUGCUGUGUUGUUCAUUUUUUUGUUCUUCACGUUCUCUGGUUUACUCUUUUCCCACUCGUUAGUAUUCAUGGAGGAAGUAGCUGAAGCGCAGAUCAAGAAGGAUGUGUAUUCGGUGUGGGGGAUUCCACCGGACGACGUGAGGGAGAGGCUGAAGAAAUUGAUGAGCGGCCUCAGAUCGGAGUUCAGUGGGCCCGAGUUUGAGCCCCACGUCACUGUCGUCGGAGCUGUUCUUCUGACGGAGGACGACGCUCGCCAGAAGUUCACCGCCGCCUGUGAGGGUUUGAAGGCUUACGGUGCAACUGUAGUGAAGGUUGCCACUGGGACUUUCUUCUAUCAGUGUGUGUUCCUUCUUCUUCAUCCUGCGGCUGAGGUUGUGGAAGCUAGUAAACAUUGCACUGGUCAUUUUGGUUACAAGAACUCAACACCUUAUAUGCCACAUUUGAGCCUCCUCUACGGAGAUUUAACAGAUGAGGAGAAGAAGAAAGCUCAAGAGAAAGCUGAGCUCCUUGACGAAAGCAUCGGCAGCCUGAGCUUCCCAAUAAAUCGCCUUGCAUUGUACAAAACAGACACUGAAGACAAAUCUCUCAAAUCCUGGGAGAAGGUAGCUGAAUGCAACCUCGACUCCAAUUAGGUGUAUAAAUGUUUCUAUUUUGUAAUAAUACUUUCUAUGUAGGUUUGCUGCAUGUCAAUCAUAAUAGUGGGAACUUGACCGAGCCCUAAAUCCUAAUAGUUUGCAUUUAUACUCACUUGGGUUAUACCAAUGGAUAGAUAAACUCUAUGCGUGCUUUCUGUGUCAACUCCUGGCUUCCAUUUGGAGGCUGAGAAAUAUUAAAUAAACUUCUGACAAAUUCUCAGUUUGGUA